GUCUUUCCGCUCACCAUUCGGCUGCAGGUGCGCAGCAGGGGAGACCAAAGUUCCAGAAGCCAUGGCCUCCAUGGGAAUCCAAGUCCUGGGCAUCUCCCUUUCCAUCAUCGGCUGGCUGGGCUCGCUCGCCUGCUGCAUUCUCCCCAUGUGGAAAGUGGCCAUCUCCCAGGAUGACAACAUCCUGCUCUCCAAGCGCAUCUGGGAGGGCCUGUGGAUGAACUGCGUGAUGCAGAGCACUGGGCAGAUGCAGUGCACACAGUAUGAGGCCAUCCUGGGCCUGCCGCAGGACAUCCAGGCUGGCCGGGCCCUGGUGGUCAUUGCCAUUGUGCUGGCGGUGGUGGGCACCUGCUUCGCCAUCCUGGGCGGCAAGUGCACCAACUGCGUGGAGGAGGAAGUCCCCAAGGCCCGGGUCAUCAUCGCGGCUGGUGUCUUCUUCAUCCUCUCGGGAUUCCUGCUUCUCAUCCCCCUCUGCUGGACCACCCAUGCCAUCAUCCAGGACUUCUACAACCCCAUGCUUGCCUACAAUCAGAGGCGGGAUUUCGGGCCCUCCUUGUUCAUCGGCUGGGCCUCCAGCAGCCUCCUGAUCAUCGGAGGGGCCUUGCUGUGCUGCAACUGCCCUCCGAAAAGUGAGAAGCCGUAUUCAGCAAAGUACAUGGCGGCGCGGUCAGUGCCUGCCAGUAACUACGUCUAAGGACCAUCCCCUUCUCCUGAGGGACCUUUCCACCAUGAAGGCGACUGAGUAGGUUUUACUGCGGAUGGAGAGGGACCCUCCUUCACUGCCUGAGUCUCUCUCCCACCCCCCGCACUUUGUGUCUUGACUCUGGAAGCAGCCUUUGUUUGCUGUGCCCACGGGAACGCGGCCAGGUUGACCACCAAAGCAGGCCAGGAACUGGCUUCCGUCACACUGCCUUUGAGCUGCAGAAGCAGAGUGAGCUUCCAAACCACCCGGCGGAUGUUAGAUUUCUAAGCUGGACUGAAGCUUUUGAGGGAAGCUUCCUUGUGACUUUGAGACUCAAGAGCCACAAAGGGAUGGGACUAACAGCCCCAGGAUGGUGGGGGUUAAGGGUUUGUGUGUGUCUCUGUGUUCCAGGAGCAUUUCUGGGUUUGCCUAGGAUUGGAAGCUGCAUCUCGCUACCUGGCUUGGAACUGUGGAGUGGCAGGGGGAAGCCAGUGAGAGUUUGGGUGCUAAGACUCUGCAUUGUGGUGUUGUGGUGACAAGUUAGGAACUAGGAGAGACCAGGGUUCAAAUCCCCACUUGGGCACGAAGCUCACAGGGUGCAACCUUGGGGACCAGUCGCUGCCAGAAACGUUGUAUCUGGGGCUAGGGACCUCCAGAGACUCUUCAGGUCAAUUUCUGAACCUCUUUCCCUCUGGUUAGUGGCUCCAGCCCAUUAUUCAGUCAGUAUAUUUUUGGGGAAGUGGGUGUUUUGACCUAUGCUGGCCUUCUUAGUGUGGCACCUUUCCAUCAGUGCCCCCAGCCAGCAGGGCUGUGUGCUCCCAUCAGCUACAGUAACAUUCAACUAUCCUGUUUUCUGUGGCCCAAGCGAUGCUCUGAGGCUGAUCUCUCCUUUGACAGCCAGGCUUUUCAUAUUCUGCCUCUGCCUGAAUCAGGGAUGCCCGAGUAGGAAGAGGGGGAGAAAGGUGGGAGAGAGACAGAGAGAUAGAGAAUCUCAAGUUAGGCAUUCUGGUGUGUGUGCGCGUGUGUGUGUUUCAGUAUUUUAUUUUUGCAUUUUCAAAUUGCCUUUUAUUUGAUUGUAAAUUCCAUCCAGCAGCCUAGAAAUGCUUUGAAUAAAUAACAAAAAAGAAGCACACCUUUCUGUCCUCUCCAUUCCACAUAUUAUACUCCUUUCAUGCAAUUUCUUUACAUCAUUUCUGUGCUGAGGGGGAAAUGAUUCACUUUCUCAUUAACGGUUGCAAGAUCCUCUGUCAUCUUCUUGGGGCUGUGACGUUUAGCCUGUUAAGGGAGCCAGCUGUGGUGUAGUGGUUAGAGUGUCAGACUAGGACCUGGGAAAGACCAGGGUUCAAAUUCCCCACCACCCCUGAAACUCACUUUGGGCCAGUCACUCACUCUUAGCCUCAUCUACCUCGCAAGGUUGUUGCGAGGAUUAAAUGAGGAGGAAGAGAACCAUGUAAGUCACUCUGAGCUCCUUGGAGAAAAUAGGUGGGAUGUAAAUGUCACAAAUAAAUAUUAAAUAAAUUAUGGGGGCUCUUGUGCCCGUUUUUCAGGGAUUGUUUUCGAUCACUGACCCUUAUAUAUUUCUCUUUAGUUGUUUUUUGCUAGAUCAUUAACAACCUUGAAGGUCCCUGAGGUAGAGGGGGGGCAGAAUUGAAUAAACCCUGGCUUGUGUCUAAGGGCAGGGAGAAAUUUGGUUUGGUUUGCAUUUCAAGUUGAGCCUGAUUUGCUCUCCCGAAACAUUUUGCAAAUCAAAAAAGCCAUCCUUUGAAAUCCUGCAGCUCUCUGAAUUUUGCACAACCAAACAAUGUGUACAUGAGGGGAAAGGGCACGUUAAAAAAUGCCAACAUUCAUGUAAAUAAUAUUAAAAUGCAUUAUAUUGCAGGGGGUUGGACUAGAUUACCCUUGAGAUUCCUACCAACUCUACAAAUCUAUUAUUCCGCAAUCAUUUUGUAGCUACUUCCCCCACCUCCACGAUAUCCUUUCUGUUAGGUGGGGCAACAAGAACAUCAGGUAAAUAUUCCUAAUAGGACUGAACCACCUUUCCGGCUGCUUAGCGGGCGGGCGGGCAGGGAGGCGGGUGUGUCUUUUAGUAACCUGAUUGCUCUGCCACCUUUGUCUUGGCACAUUGGUAAUUCCAAGGAAGAGGAAGAAGACACCGUAUACCAGACUGGGGCGCGUGUGUGCCAGGGGUGGGGAUAGAACUGGUUUUGAGAGGUAAAGAGCUGAGAUAGGGCUCUUGAGCAAGAAGAGGGGAAGUUUUGAGUUUGCAAACUGCUCAGAGGAACAUCAGAAGCUGCCUUGUAUGGAAUCAGGUCAUGGGCUCAUCUAGCUCGGCACUGUCUAAAGUAAUCGGCAGGAUUUUAGACUGCAGCUUCCUGUGGAAAUGAGUUCCAUGGUUUAAUUAUUUCUGGUGUGAAGGAGGACUUUAUUUUCUUUGUCCUGAAUUUUCCAGCAUUCAGAUUAAUGACAUGUCCUUGAGUUCUAACAUUAUGAGAGAGAGAGAGAGAACACAUUCCAGUCAAGCCCCAUCAGCGGACCAGAUGAGAAAUUUCAGCAAAGCAAAUGCUUGAAAGGAAAUGUUUUCUCUCUGACUUUCUCCUCCCCUUCUCUCUCUCUUUUGAUGCGCUAAACAUUCACAGUAGAAAACCUGAUCAGUCAAU